AUGCGUGAGAUUGUUCACCUUCAGACCGGUCAGUGCGGUAACCAAAUCGGUGCUGCUUUCUGGCAGACCAUCUCUGGCGAGCACGGUCUCGACAGCAAUGGUGUUUACAGCGGUACCUCCGAGCUCCAGCUCGAGCGUAUGAGCGUUUACUUCAACGAGGCCUCUGGUAACAAGUAUGUUCCCCGUGCCGUCCUCGUCGAUCUCGAGCCCGGUACCAUGGACGCCGUCCGUGCCGGUCCCUUCGGACAGCUUUUCCGACCCGACAACUUCGUUUUCGGUCAAUCCGGUGCCGGAAACAACUGGGCCAAGGGUCAUUACACUGAGGGAGCUGAACUUGUCGACCAAGUUCUCGAUGUCGUCCGCCGUGAGGCCGAGGGUUGUGACUGCCUCCAGGGCUUCCAAAUCACCCACUCUCUUGGUGGUGGUACCGGUGCCGGUAUGGGUACCCUGUUGAUCUCCAAGAUCCGUGAGGAAUUUCCCGACCGUAUGAUGGCAACCUUCUCCGUCGUUCCUUCCCCUAAGGUCUCCGACACCGUCGUCGAGCCUUAUAACGCCACCCUCUCCGUCCAUCAACUGGUUGAGAACUCCGACGAGACCUUCUGUAUCGACAACGAGGCCCUCUACGACAUUUGCAUGCGCACCCUCAAGCUGUCCAACCCCUCUUACGGCGACUUGAAUUACCUUGUCUCCGCCGUCAUGUCCGGCGUCACCACCUGUCUCCGUUUCCCCGGUCAGCUGAACUCUGACCUCCGAAAGCUCGCCGUCAACAUGGUGCCCUUCCCUCGUCUGCACUUCUUUAUGGUCGGAUUCGCUCCCUUGACCAGCCGUGGUGCUCACUCUUUCCGUGCUGUCAGCGUUCCUGAGCUGACCCAGCAGAUGUUCGACCCCAAGAACAUGAUGGCUGCUUCCGACUUCCGCAACGGUCGUUACCUGACCUGCUCUGCCAUCUUCCGUGGCCGUGUCGCCAUGAAGGAGGUUGAGGACCAGAUGCGCAAUGUCCAGAGCAAGAACUCAUCAUACUUCGUCGAGUGGAUUCCUAACAACAUCCAGACCGCUCUCUGCGCUAUCCCACCUCGUGGACUUACAAUGUCUUCCACUUUUAUUGGAAACUCCACCUCUAUCCAGGAGCUUUUCAAGCGUGUUGGCGAGCAGUUCACUGCUAUGUUCCGACGCAAGGCUUUCUUGCAUUGGUACACUGGUGAGGGUAUGGAUGAGAUGGAGUUCACUGAGGCUGAGUCUAACAUGAACGAUCUUGUCUCUGAAUACCAGCAGUACCAGGAUGCUGGUAUUGACGAGGAAGAAGAGGAGUACGAGGAGGAGCUGCCUGAAGGCGAGGAGUAA